AUGAAGUUCUCCACCAUCCUUACCGCAACCACCGCCCUCCUGACUGGUGUCAACGCCGUGCCACGUCUUAUGGAGGUCCAAAGCACCGAACUUUGCUGGAGGGCCUGCUUUGGAGAGAAACCACAUUGUCCCGAGGGAUGGCAUGCCAAGAAAUUCGGGGAAUGCCACACUUGCUGUAGGAGCGAGGAAGAUGAUGGCUCGGUGGCCAACAAGCUUGACAUGUUUUGGUAG